CUUUUCUCGGCAUUGCCGGCGAAAUUUUCCAUUGGAUUAUGAUGGUGUCCGGCGCAAACGCCCAAGAUCGGCCAUCCUGCCGGCUGCAAACAACAACAUCCUGCUUGCAUUUUGCGUUGUUGGAGAAAUGGCUGGCUGGCUGAAAGAGGCGAUACAGACAGCGACGACGAACGCGAUGUCCCACAACAUCGAGCGUGGCGGCCACAGCGCUCUGAUCAAGAGCGAAACGACCACCAGCAUCUCGAACGUCAUCCUUCCUGCGGACGACGCAUACGCGUCCAUCAGCAUGAUGGCGAGCAUCGUCAAGGUUCACGGCGUGAGUCCGGAGGCCCUUUCCGGAGUGGUGCAGGACGGCACGGCUGCUGUGCAGGCCUACGUGGCUAAGUCCAAGGUGCCCAUCGGAGAGGCAGAGUUUGCCAUCGCCUGUCAAACCGCCCUUUCCAUCAUCCAAAAGGACGUGCUGGGCGUCUUCGUGAGCUUCUACAGCAUGCUGUUCCAUCAGGCGAGGCCAGAAGGUACUCCACAGAUGCAUGCAGGAUAUCUUGUGCAGGCACAAGUAUAUCGGAAGGGUUCUUGUGUGCAGAUGGGUUGUACAUGUUCAGCGUUUUGGCGGCAGCUGACCCCCACUUCCCCGGCCGACUCAUUGUCGACGUCAAAUUCGGACACGCCAACUUCACGCUGCCGCUCAGCGUGCGCAUCCUCACCAUCACCGACAAGAAGAGCGCCGUAUUCGGUCUGUUCAGCAAGACAAGCACGACUUCGCAGCUGGUGUAUGAGCCCACCCCCGUCACAAUGCAGCGGUUGGAGGCGGUCAACCUCAGCCUGCUCAACGUCCUCCACGGUGACACCCUCCGCGCGAUCAAGGAUGCAAAGGACCAGACGAGGGCCGUGCAAGACACAGCCUGAUGGAUGCGCGCGCAGUGGAUGGUGGGGUGGUGGGGUGGAUGGUGGAUGGUGGAUGG